AUGGACUCGGGUUUCGAAGCAAUCCAUGCUCACCAUGGGUCGUCAUCCGAUGGUGGUGCUGGUAGUGGUGCAGGUGGUGUUGUAGCGGGUGCAGGCUCAGGCUCAGGCUCAGGCCCGGCGGCAGUAACGACCGCUGCCACCACCACCACCACCAGCCAAUCCUUCUCCCAUUCACCACAUGCAGGCAAUAACCACAACCAGCUCAAUACUAGUGCACCGGGCUCUUCCUCCCCUCCUUCAAAGCAGAGCAUCUUACACAACCACCGACAAUCCCACAACUCUUCCAAGCUGCCCGCCUUUCGCUUUGCCGAUCUGAAGAGAGAGUCAAUUGCCUUGCCGGCCUUGCUGCACGCCUCCGCCUCGCCUGUCUCACCCGACCCGGAUCAGCGCCCCGAAACACACCCAAACACGACCCAGGAAACCCAGCAAACCCAGCAAACCAAGCAAACAACCCCCCCGCUGACAACACAUCGCCGUCAGCGCACGCUCAGCAACAAUAGCGCAACGCGACCUGUGUCACCCGAACUAUCGCUAGAACAAUUCAGUCCCGUCAGGUCUCGGAAGUUCACAUUCACAUCUCAGACUCCGGCCGCUUCCUCACCCGCGACAUCGCCCCGGAGUGGCACGCGAACCACCUUGCUGGACACCACCACCGCCACCAAUACCGACAAAGUUGCCAACGCCGUGCCUAACCACCUUGCUAACGUGCUAUCUCCAUCAGAAUCCUUCGAGACUAUCGUGCUUGCUCGGCCACCCUUGGGACGCGCACCUGCCACGAUAACGACCACAACGGCAUUGGGCGCGACAGGGGACGCCCAGACAGGGCUGCUGGGCGACGAGACUACGAAAGAGUGGGCGCAAGGGCAGCGUGAGCUUUUGCUGCCGAAAACGCUGCAGAGGUCUGUGUCCGAUGACAGCAGAAGACAUUCGAUAACGAGGAGACCACCGGUAUCGUACAGACCGCCGCUGAACUCCAACGCGUCGGGGGGCACAGCGUCUAUCCCACCCAUUCGCUCGUUCAGAUCCUCCGGCGAGCGACGGAGUCUUGUCCUCGAUAUGAACUUUCGAUCUCCGCGUGCAUAUGAUACAGGUGACGAAUAUGGCGAUUCCCAUCACCGUGAUACUACUCUACGCGCUCUGGAGGGCAGACGCGGCGACGAUGCACAGCAGAUAACGCCCCCCGACUCGGCGAGGGAUGUCCCAGAUGGGGAUGAUGGCGGGGACUUGUUCCUCAAAAUCGCGCGUGAGGACCCGUCGCGCCGCGCCGCUGCUGGGAAGGGCAUCUACACAGAUAAUCAAAGUGCCGUGUCACGAGUUUCGCGUAGUGCCAGGCGGCCACUGUCGUUAGCCGUAUCUUCUUCAUAUAUUCCCAUCUCGCCUCCUCAGAUGUCGCGACGGCUAUCCGACCAGCAGGAGACCUCUCGGUCUAGAGGCUUCAGCAACGAUCAGUCGGCCGAAAGAGUGUCACGAGCUCUGACGUACAAGGGGCACUCCAGAGAAAAGCAGUCGGACGAGAUAAGAUCGAGAGUUACCAGUACUCCCCUUCGAGGGUCACCGCUUACGCCACGGUCUUUGACUUUUCAAGACGUCUCGACAGAGCCAAGUUCUGCAUACAACCGACGACGACAGCCCUCAGUCGAUGCCGGCUCUGCUGUACCAUCCCGCAUGUCGUCACUGAAGCAAGCAAAUGCGAUCUACAACCAGCCCCGUGCAUAUAACUCCUCACCACUGGUACCCAAGUCGGCGGAUCCACAGAAACAUGAUACGCACACAGGCGACGCAAGUCAGGGUGUCGAGGGGACCAGUUCGACGGCAUCGACAGCAGCUCCUUCAACCGUAUGGGAUGAGCUAGACGACCUGAAGUCUCGCAUACACCGUCUGGAGCUUACCGGCAAGCUUCCUCCUACCUCAGGUGCUGCCAUGUCAAGAGCAUCUGAUGAACGACCAGCAACUGCGCAUACCACAGCUACGACCAUGUCUGCUUCACCCAAACGUGUCCCUGCGAGUGUGAUGCAGUCAGCCGACUCACCAGCUGGUCAUAAGGACGUCCAUCCUCUGCUGUAUUCUGCUUUGGCCAAGUCGAAGGAUUUCCUAAGUUCGGACGUGUACGGCGCCCUGGAAACGGCCACGGCUGAUGCACUCGCACUUUCGUCGAUGAUGGGCACUUCGGGUCAGCCGGGUCCCAUUUCGAGUGGUGCGAGCGGUAUUGGCAGCAUAAGUGGUGGAGCGACGGUCACUGAUCGCCAACUCCGACGAAAAGCAGAUAGCGUCUGCCGCAGUCUUACGGAGUUGUGUCUAGCCCUUAGUGAAGGAGCGGCCCAGCUCAAGGCCCAACAAGUGACGACGCCGCCUGAAGAAGAGCCGACGGUAACUAUUAGUCCUACGAUCACGAGGUUCUCGGGAAUGGCCAGCCAAAGACGGCCAAGUGCUGCAGCAGAACGCAGCCUCGCAUUGAACACCAGCCCGAUAACCCUGACUCGCUUUGAGGAUAAGCGGAACAGCGCAUUGAUGUCCAGUGCGCUGCCCAGUCCGAGAUACAGCUCUGCGGCGCCUGCUACUCCUACCGAGACUACCACGACGGGACGACGAACUUCGCUGCUCCUAUCGCGAUCUCGACGAGCUGGGACGGAAGAGCCCGAUGAGGGACGAAGGUCAUCUAUACUCAGAACACGCCGUGCUGGUACAGAAGAGCCGGAAGAUCACUCGGACCGCAGACUUUUGCUUACUCGUGGACGUCGCGGUACAGUAAAUGGUGACGAGGACGAUACUCGUUUCCGGACACCUUCACGUGCCGUGACCGAAGUCCACGGGGUUCGAUCAGGUAACCGCGAAUACAAUACCCAGUUGCCGACACCUGCAACGAGGGAGCCGAACCCACCUACGUCGUCAGGUUUGCCCCGACGGCAGCCCACCAGCGGGAUCAACACGCGGCUAGCGCAGCCGGCGGCGGCAUCAGCGAUCGCUACACCGAGCCGGCGCUAUUUUGAUCGACCGACACCGACGCGGGAAACGGUCAUUCUUGCAGAUAGACCUGCUGAAGACCGGCCUCAACCUCAGCGACAGUUCUCGCUUGCUCGCGCUGGUAGCCUAAACAAGCGCGGAAACCGAGAAAGCAUGAUCGCAACCCCUUCGCCUGGCGCCAGUGGCUAUCGAUGA